AUGAAUUUAAGACUUGAACUUACAAGGUUCCUGAAGCUAUGCUUUGUACUUUCCUCCGCGUUCAUGUUCUGGAAGGGUUUGUCCGUCGCUACCAAUUCUCAUUCCCCAAUUGUAGUUGUGCUGUCUGGCUCGAUGGAACCAGCAUUUCAGAGAGGUGAUGUUUUGUUUCUAUGGAACAGAAAUGAGAGAAGUAAAGUUGGUGAUAUUGUCAUUUAUGAAGUGGAAGGGAAAUCUAUUCCAAUUGUUCACAGAGUCUUAAGAGAGCAUCAUAGUGUCGAAAAGAAGAAACAGCUACUCUUAACUAAAGGUGAUAAUAAUGCAGGUAAUGAUAUUCCAUUAUAUGCCAAGAAAAGCCUUUAUUUGCAGAAGGAAAGGGACAUAGUAGGAACGGUCAAAGGGUAUAUCCCACAAGUGGGUUAUAUAACGAUUUGGAUCUCCGAGAAUAAGUAUGCAAAAUUCGCUAUGAUGGGUUUACUGGGGCUAAGUGCAUUAUUGGGUAAUGAAUAA